UGCCUCUAUUUCAUCCCUGUCUAUAAAGAUAGCUGGAAUCGUCUAGUCAGGCAAGUCAAGGUGAGAAAGGAGAGAAAAAUGGACUCUGUUUUUGUGCCUGGUGCUCUUGGAUUAAUUGGAGAGUUAGACAAAAAAUUGCUUGUUGUUAUGAGAGAUGGCAGAACAUUAAUUGGCAUUUUGAGAAGUGUGGAUCAGUUUUCAAAUCUACUGCUGCAAGAAACCAUUGAAAGGAUUCAUGUUGGGAAGGAAUAUGGAGAUAUACACAGGGGCAUUUAUCUUGUUAGAGGAGAAAAUAUUGUUUUGCUAGGAGAAAUUGAUGAUGAAAAAGAAGUUAAGUCUCCCUUGCGUGAAGUUUCAGUAAAAGCAAUAUUAGAAGCCCAAAACGAGGAACAGAAUUUGAAGGAGGAAAAAGAAAAAGCUAAAUACAGGGCGCGUUUAGACAGAGGACUUGCACCUUAUAUGCCAGACAUGGGCCUUGAUGAUUACUCAUAGAGUUCAUGGCCCCAAAA